GCUGUUCUCCAAAAUGAAGCCUCCGGCCACGACAGCAACCCACAAACCAUUUUCACUUCCGUGAGUCAGCAACCACCAUGUCUGGGAAGACCUAGGAAGGGCGCUCUGGCCGCACCACAAGCAUCUGGUGACAACUAUGAUCAUGGAGGACACUCAGGCUAUUAACUGGGAGGUUGAAGAAGAGGAGGAGACAGAGAGACCCGGUGACUCCUCGGGAGGUAGCUUGGAGCCAUUAGGGCGACUGCAUAUCUUCAGUAGCAUCCAUGGACCAGAAAAAGAUUUCCCACUCUACCUUGGGAAGAAUAUAGUAGGACGAAUGCCUGAUUGCUCUGUGGCCCUGCCCUUUCCAUCCAUCUCCAAACAACAUGCAGUGAUUGAAAUCUUGGCCUGGAACAAGGCACCUGUUCUCCGGGAUUGUGGGAGCCUCAAUGGUACGCAAAUCCUGAGGCCUCCAAAGUUCCUGAGCCCUGGGGUGAGUCAUCGUCUGAGGGACCAGGAGUUGGUUGUCUUUGCUGACUUGCCCUGCCAGUACCAUCGCCUGGAUGUCUCCCUGCCCUUUAUCUCUCUGGGCCCCCUAACUGUAGAGGAGACACCCAGGGUACAGGGAGGAACUCAGCCUUGGGGGAUCCUGUUGGCUGAGGACUCAGAAGAGGAAGUAGAUCCUCUUUCUGAAACAUGCAUGAUGAAAGAACCAAGGACCACAUCCUCCCUUUUGGCAACAGUUGUUCCAGAGAGUGAUGAAGAGGGGCCUUCUUCUGCCCCAGAUGGCCCUGGGCCACCUUGUGCCUUCAACUUUGACAGUGACACAGAGGAGGAAGAAAGUUCACAACCAACAGUAGGGGAGGCCUGCUCAGGUGCCACAAGAGAUGCCACUGCAGAGACAGAACAGCCUAAAGUUGUUGCAACCGAAAUCCAGUGUGAAAUGGAUCAGUAUUCAGGGAAGGAAAGGAACAAUGAUGCAAGAGCCAAGAAGGAUACAACCAAUGUGGUGGUUCCAGUUGGGGUGAUUCUUGAGAGGAGACUAUCUUCUAGAGAGGACAGUGAGACAGAUGUGGAUGAUGAGAGCAGGCCUCCCGGAAGGACAGCUGAGGUCCAUCUGGAAAGGGCCCAGACUUCUGGCUUCAUAGACAGUGAUACUGAUGUGGAAGAAGAGGGGAUUUCCGCAACCCAAGCUGUAGUUUCUGUGAAGAAGAGGCAAAUCUUUGAUGCAGUUAGUACAGAAAGUCAUGGGGGACCUGACCUAGCACAUUUUCAAGAGAGCCUGGCUGGUAGUGACACAGAUGUGGAGACUGAGACCCCACUCACAGUCCCUCUGGAGCGCAGCCAAGCCUCCAUGGUGAUCAAAAACAAUACAGAUGACAAGGAGGAAGUGUCAGUAGCACUCACUUUGGCAUAUCUGAAAGAAAGCCACGUCACUAUGUGGGACAGAGAUACAGAUAUGGAAGAGGACCAGGCCCAACCUCUGGCUUUGCUUGAGCAAAGCCAAACCUCUUCUGGGAGAGACAGUGACACAGAUAUGGAAAAGGAGAAGUUUUCAGUGGAAAAGAGAGACUACGUCCCCAAGGGUCACACAGAGAAAGCACAUUCAGAAGAGAGCCAACCUCCGUUCGGAGCCAGUGAUAUAGAAGUAGAAGAAGAUAAGAGUUCACUUGGAGUCCACCUGGAGAGAAGCGAAGCCUCUGCCAAAGUGGGCAUCAGCACACUAGUGGAAAAGGAAGUCCCCCCAGGACCAGUUGUUACACUUCCAGAGAAGCAUCAGGUGCCUGUGGAAUGGACAAAUCAAACAAAUGUGGAAGGAGAAGGGGGUCCAGCAAAGCUACCUGUGAUGCAUCUAGAGGAAGCCUGGUCUCCUCCAGGUGGGGACUGUGAAACAGAUGCUGGUACAAGAAAGAGCCAGCUUCCAGCAGAAGUGGGUACUGGAGCAGAGUGGGUUGUAUCUGUUCUUCAGCAAGAGAAAGCUCUUGAUGUUGGGUACCAGGGUGAGCCACCUAUAGCACAAGUGGAGCAGGAUCAUCUUAUUGUGUCAAGGGAGAACCUAACGAAUCUCUUGGUAGACACAGGUCCUCCAGGAGAACCCCCCCAGCCACAGAGAAAGGGAGCCCAGCCCACCAGAGAAAGCAGGAGAGAAUCACAUGAGGACAUGACCAAGGAUUCUGGAGACAACCAUGAUGAUUUUGAAAAUCUGGACCUACAAGCUACCCAGUGCUUUGUGGAGAGAGAGAAUCAGAGCAUGGAAGGUUCCCUGGAUGAACCAUGGGAGGUCUUGGCUACACAGCCAUUCUGUUUAAGAGAAUCUGAGGCUUCAGACACCCAGCCUAUUGCUGCCCACAUUAAGGCCCAUGGCUCUUGCCCUUUUUCACCUAGGAUAACACCUCACAACCAACAACCAGAAAGCUCACUUCAUGCAGAGCCACUGGGGAUUCAAGGCAGAGGGAUGCAAACUGCGGAGGAAGGCAUGGGUACACCAAGAGAAUCAGCAGAGAGGGUGGCCGUGGAGGAAAGACCAUUAGGGAAGGAAACCAAACAACUGCCACCAGAACGAUCGAGAGAAAAUGUAACGGGAGAGGAAAAAUUAACCAGGGUGAUGAAGGACAGAGAACAAAAACAGGUGUUAGCUAGAGACACUAAGAGACAAAAGUCCAGUAAAAUGGUGAAAAGUGCAAGUAUGGAAAGGGAUACGGAGAAUUUGAAGGUAGAAAUUGAGAUACCCAAGAAAUUAAAAGAGGUAGUAAAGCAGACUCUUGCAAAAGAAGUAUUUGAGAGAGAAGCAGAAAAACUAGCACCAGAGAGACAGUAUGAGCCAGGUAGGUUAGAAGUCAGCAAAGUAAUACUGGAGGGAGGUGCACAGAGACUGGGGACAAAGAGAGGGAGCAGGGACCAGAAAGGACAGGCCUCCAGCCCAACAGUGGAGCCUGAAGGAGGGGCAGAGGAACAUGUGGGACUCUCUGCAGCCCUGAUAGCUUCUGGGAGCCAGUCUGGUGAAAGAAGGGGAGCCCCUGUGAGCCCCAGGAGGUGGCAGAGAGGCCACUUGAAUUGCAAGGCUCCACCCACUAAGAGGGUUUCUAAGGGUGAUCCAGAAUCCCUAGAUGUUUGUGUGCCUCCGACAGUACCUGAAGCCUCAGCCCCUGUCCAAACCCCCCUCAUCUGUCAGAGCCAAAAACAUCCUGCUCCUCAGCCCCUCUUUGCUCCUUCUCUACCUUUUGUAGAGCCACCCAUUCCCAGAACCAGGCAAAAUGGGAGUCAGGAAAUUGUGGAGAAUCCCUUGUCCUCAGAGUUGGACCCCUUUCAUGCAAAACCCAAAGUCAGGCCCCGGGGGUGCUCCAGGAUGACAUCCACUCCAGGUGCUUCUAUAGUCUUGGAGUCCUACCCUUCUACCUCCAAAGACCAGUGUGUUGCCCCUGAGCCCACAUCUCGGGCCACUCGGGGCAGGACACACAGGAAGACCCCUGAGCCGAUUAUCCCCACAGCCCCUGUGCUCCAGCCUUCCACCUCUAAAAACCAGCCUGUCACCUCUGAGCCCACAUCUCGGGCUACUUGGGGCAGGACACACAGGUCCUCUGCCAGGACCCCUGAACCAAUUGUCCCCACAGCCCCUGAGCUCCAACCUUCCACCUCCAAAGACCAGCCUGUCACCCCUGAGCCCACAUCUUGGGCCACACGGGGCAGGACACUCAGGUCCUCUGUCAAGACUCAUCAAACAACUGUACCCACAGCUGUUAACCUUGAACCUCCCACCCCUACAGACCAGCCUGUCACCCCCAAGGCCAUAGCUCAGGGUGGUAGGAGCAGGACACUGAGGUCUACAAGAAGUGCUGUGCCAGCUCCUACCACCCCUGAAUUUCAGUCUCCUGUCGACACAGACCAGCCUGUUUCCCCUGAGCCCAUCCCUCAAGCCAAUUGCAGCAGGAGGCCAAGGGCCACUAGGGAGAAGGGGACCCUCACAACUCCCAUCAUCUGUGAACCCUGUUCUGCACCCCUUGAACCUAACUUCCCAUCCUCAAGGAACCAAAGGCGAGGAGCAGUGAGAGUAGCCAAGUCCCUUAGGACCAUUCCUAAGCCUGCCUUUGCCCAGCUUCAUGAGGCACCCACUCAUGCUUCCCAGAUCCAAAAGGUAGAGGCAACAGGUAGAUAUGAGUUCACUCCAGAAACCCAGCCUAAUGCCUUUCAAAACCGCAAGAGGCCUUUCAGUACAGUGGAUUCACCCCAGCUUCAAAAAUGGCUCCAAAGAGGGGAAGUUCCCCAGAAGACUCUGUUCCUCAAGGAAGAGGGAGACCCCACAGAGAAGGAAGAGGAUGUAGUGAUUCCAGGACCAGGCAAGAGAAAGAAAGACCAGGCUGAGGAGCCCAAGGGAGUGCUAAGCCGCAGCCUCCGUCGGAUGAGAAAUAAAUAUGAGUCCACAGCCCCCAAAGUGCUCUUCACAGGAGUGGUAGAUGCCCGUGGAGAGCAGGCAGUGCUGGCCCUGGGGGGAAGUCUGGCAAGCUCAGUAGCAGAAGCUUCCCACCUGGUGACUGAUCGAAUCUGCCGGACAGUCAAGUUCCUGUGUGCCCUGGGGCGGGGGAUCCCUAUCCUCUCCCUGGACUGGCUGCACCAGUCCCGCAAGGCUGGUUGCUUCUUGCCCCCGGAUGAAUAUUUGGUGACUGAUUCUGAGCAGGAAAAGAACUUUGGCUUCAGCCUCCGUGACUCCCUGAGCCGGGCUCGUGAGCGAAGGCUGCUAGAGGGCUAUGAGGUUCAUGUGACUCCUGGAGUCCAGCCACCUCCACCUCAGAUGGCAGAGAUCAUCAGUUGCUGUGGAGGCACUGUCCUACCCAGCAUGCCCCGGUCCUACAAGCCUCAGAGAGUUGUGAUCACUUGCUCCCAGGACAUUCCUCGAUGCAACAUGCCAAUUCGGGUUGGGCUGCCCAUCCUCUCACCUGAGUUCCUGCUCACAGGAGUGCUGAAGCAGGAAGCCAAGCCAGAGGCUUUUGUUCUCUCCACUUUGGAAAUGUCAUGUACCUGAAAACCCACCCCAGUACCCUUUUCCCUCCCAGACCAAUAAUAAAUACUUAGAAAAUAUUUGGGAGGAAGAACUUAGGGCUUUAAAAGGAUUGGGGUUGUACGAUCUGAUUUGUCUUGAAACACAGGUGAGGCUGAAAAGGCUUAUGGGAAAUCAAAGGGAUAUUGGGAGCAGAUUUUCUAAAAUGGCCAUUUACUUGGCUACUCUCAUGCUCAGAUAUCUUAAGUGGCUCUCAUCUUUAGUCAGAAUGAUUCACUUAUUGCUUGGUGUCUGGCCUCUCAUUUGGAAACCAUCUCUCUUUUCUUUUUCUACUGGGAUUCUUGUUUAUCCUCCAAAACAUAGUGGAAAUAAUUUUAAUGUCAGAAACUUGAAGGGAUGCUGGAGUGGGUAAAUUUGAGGGUGUAGUUAUAAAAUGCUACUAAAAUAUUUUCUUUUCUCCUGGCCCCAUCUUGUUAGAAGCAUCCUUUAGUUUUGACUUGGAGCAAGUCUCUGCACUUUCUUGAUCUGCUUUUCUGGUAUUUAUAAUAUUAGAGUUUAGGAUUAACCUUUAUGAUAAAUAAAUAUUCACUCCAUGCCUCAUGGUGUAGUGCAUU